AAUCAGCAGCCCGUGAAAAUGCCUCAGCCCAAAGUCAAGCUGGUCGUGACCGGAGAUGAUUUUGGGUACUGCGAGAGAAGGAACCAUGGGAUCGUGGACUGUUUCAAGGACAGAGCGAUCUCCAACGUGUCCCUGCUGGUCAACGCCGCCUCGGCGGAGCACGCAGCUGAGCUGGCCAAGAGGCAUCACAUUCCUAUUGGACUCCAUGCUAACCUCUCAGAAGGUGCUCCAGUGUGUCAAGAGCUGAGGAGAUCCACACUCAUUAACAAAGAUGGUUUCUUUCAUGGCAAAAUGGGCUUCCGCGAAGUUUUACAGAGUGGACAGAUGAACAUGGCAGAGGUGGAGGCGGAGCUUAGGGCUCAAGUCAAGCGUUUUUGUGAGCUCACUGGUCACCUGCCCGGCCACAUGGAUGGCCACCAGCAUGUGCACGUGUUGCCAGAGGUGCGAGAAGUGUUUGCGCAGGUACUCUCAGACUUUGGGAUCUCUUACACACGCGUCCCAGUGGAGCCUGGUCUGCACUCGUGUCCUUUUUUACCACCUCAUCUCAGAGACUUCAACUUGCAAGUUGAGAAAGACGCCCUCCAGUCUGUGGAGGUCUUCCAUCGCCAUGGCAUCAGGUGGCCAGAUGUGUAUUUGGGCCUCACCACGAUGGGGCAGAACAUGUCCUUUGCAAACCUCAAAAGAGCCCUGGGCUUUGCUAUGGAGGCACGGAUGUCCAUUGCAGCACGGUGUGAUGACCUCGGUGCCUCUGACUUGUAUCGGCCAAUCACCGUGGAGCUGAUGGUGCACCCUGGGUAUCCGAGUCAUCCUCUGCAAGGUGGUUGUGGUGAAGGGCCAGAUGACUUCUCGCAGUCCUCCGAUCGUCUGCAUGAGCUUAACACACUGAGGGACCCAGUGCUGCUCAGCUACUAUAAGCAGCAAGGAAUCCUCCUCUGUGCCUUCAACGACUUUUAAAUACUUAAAGGCCACUUAACCAGGUCCUCAGGUGCUGCUGGUCUCAAGGGGUUUGCAAGAGACAUAGAAUAUAACACCUGACUUAACUAAUGAGCUUUUCUCCAGAUCCUCAAGGGAUAAAUCAGUUGCAUAGUCAGGUGGUGCAAGACAUGGUUAACGAAGGUAAAGGGGAUGUUUACAUCCUACUGUGUAGAAGUGCAAUGUUGUUUUUAUGCUUUGGAUACUUUAGUCUUGGAUCAGUGUCCAAAUUUUAAUACCAGACAUAGGAGAUAAGAUGCUUAGGAACAACAUCAAAUCGCAUAUUGUUCACUGUGACAGACGUCCUCAGUCAGGGGUCAUGAUUCCUGUAGGUUCCUUUAUUAUAAAAUGAAGGUGUUUUUCUCUAACAGCCUCAGUAGAAAACCAUAGAAAACACUCCUAAGAGUGUGUAUUUUUAUUAAAUAUUAAAGAUUAUUGGAAAAUGUUAUGAUAUUUUAACUAAAUCAGGCCAUUUCCAAAAGUUGUAACCGUCCGAUUUGUGAUUGUGUUGCAAAUGAAGAUGGCAGUGUCCAACUGAGCAUGUAGCAAUUACUCUGUAUUUUUUUUUAAUAUAUAUAUGUAUAUAUUUAGCACAUUUUUAUUACAUGUACUGUAUGAGAUGUAUUUAUGAUAUUUUUGGUGUAACAUUAUUUGAAUUAAAAUCACAACCCUUUUAUUCCA